AUGUCAGUGUCACUGCAACUAUUUGUAUUUGCGUUAUGUUUGAUUGGUUCAACGCAUAGUUUUGUAUUGCCAGUUGAGAAAUGCCGCCUGAAUGAUGCAGCAUGCCUUACUAAGUCCUUUCAAAAAGGUGUAGCCACUUUCAUGGAAGGUAUGCCAGAAUUAGGUACAGAAGUUCUCGACGUGAUGAACAUGGAUGAUGUGGAAUUUGAUUUAUCGGGGCUGCAAUUUGGCCUGAAAAAUGCCCAAUUAAAGGGUCUCAAGAAUUCAAAAAUUUACAAAGUUGAUUGGGAUAUAGAUAAAAAGGUUAUAGAAAUGGAUUUCCGUUCGAACAGUUCACUUAAAGGGCACUACACUGCCGGUGGCAGAGUAUUAAUCUUACCUGUUUCUGGAGAUGGUGAUUUCGAUUUAAAACUUAAGGAGGUUGACGUUAAACUGUUCGUAUAUUAUAAGUUGAAGAAAGGCACUGAUGGCAAGGAACGUAUUGCUCCAAAGAAGUACGAGUUUGAAUUCGAAGUUCUUGGUAAUGCUCACUUCGAAAUGUCAAACCUCUUUAACGGAAAUAAAGAAUUGAGUCAUUCAAUGCACAUCUUCUUAAAUGAUAACUGGAAAGAAGUAUCAACUGAGUUUGGUAGACCUAUAAUCGAGUCUGCCAUCAAGAAAAUCUUGAAAAAUGUUGCUAUUUUCUUCGACAAAAACCCUAUAGAAGAUAUAAUAAUUCAAUGA